CGUGUCUAUUAAACCUUUUAGGGGCCGUGGAGAGGCUUGAAGCAGAUUAUGUGCACAGGUGUUGCUCCACAGGCCGGCUGGGACUACGCAGGCCAGUUAGACGGUCGAUUUGUUGUUUUACUGAAACAGGAAGAGCUGCUGCUGCACCAGUCAAGAAAUCAUCCAACCUGUUGGUGGCAGCCUCUCUGUGAUUACACUACAAGAGAAACCCGAGAACACAACCAGCAGAUAAAAACAAUAUAACAACACAAUCCACACAAAUGCAGCAUCAUAAACAGCAGUUCGGUGGUAGAUGAUGAGUGAAACAGUUUGCACAAAGACUCAGGAGGAGUACGAGGACGACUUUGAGAAAGAUCUGGACUGGCUGAUCAGUGAGGAAGGCCGGAGCGGGGACCAGGGCUCUGACUAUGAGGACAUAGAGGCAGACAUUGACAAAGAACUGGAGGAGGGUGAGAAACGACAGGGAAUGAAAGGAAAGGAGAAUAACUACAAGGAAACAAAGCGAGACAACAAAACAGAGCAACUGGAAGAAGAUGAAGAGAGGUGGCCAUCUCCUAUGGAACCAUUGGAGUAUGACUCAGACAGGGACAGUCCCAGUAAGUCAUCACCUACAGCCCCACCUCCUCCAGGGAUGGAUGACCAAACAGACGAGGAGAAGAAGUACAUCCUCGAGAAGAUCCAGCAGGCUAACCGGGAGCUGCAGGAUCAGGAAGUGCCAGAUAUGACACGACGGAGGCGGUUGCAUUUUAAAGAGACAUUGGUGGACCUGGUGGUGCCUCCGCUGCAGUUUGAGAGAGAUGGCAGCAGCGAUGAAGUAGAGGGGGAAAAUGGGAGCAAGGAAAGAGCUGAGGAUGCACCGGCAGAUACUGAAGUGUCGGGAAAGCUGUCCGAGCUAAAGAUUUCACCUCGCAAUGAAAGCAGGAGUUCUGAAGGAGGUUCUGGCAGGGCUGGGGAGAGCAGCGAGGGAGGCCAGGGGAUGAAGGAGGGCAGAGUCCUUGUGGAGAAGGACGGGAAGUUUGACCUGGUCAGCCUAAAAGAGGUGGAGAGUCAAGCCCUUUUCCCUCCUUUAGCGAACAACUUCAGUGACAGUUCACGCUCCUCGCCUCGUGUUCAGGAGCAAAAUGUAAACUCUGUUAAGAUCCACAGUUCCUCCACUUCUCCUCGCCUUCGGGCUGCCUCCUCCUUGUUUCCACAGGCAAUAGAUCACCUUCGGGCCCCCAGACCUCCAGCACAACCAAAGAGCAGGCCUAGCUCAGCCAGCCAGAGUCAGAGAGGCAGCCAGAGGAAAAGCAGCAAGAGGCGGGUGCAGUCUGCCACGGAGACACCCAGCCAGGCCACGUACACCCUGACCCCACAGCAGAAAGAGCAGCUGCAGAAGAUCCAGGAGAGGAAGCAGAGGCUGGCCAGAGAGGCAGAACAGAGGAGGCGUGAGGAAGAAGAGCUGAAGAGGCAGGAGAACGAGCUGGCCUUCAAAGCCUGGCUGAUGAGGAAGAAAGAGCAGCUUCAGGAGGAGAGAAGGAUCCACAGAGCCCAGGAAAUCGAGAGAAUGAAUUGUCAAGUAUGGCCACACGGGGGCACAAGAGACUCCAACCCGGACCCGGAGGAGGCCUUCAGGUCAUGGCUUCAGAGGAAGCAGGAGCAGCAGCACAAGGAGAGGCAGCUGGUGGAGUUCAAGAGGCUGGAGGAGGACAGUGGGUACCUGUUACACAGCCGUGAGGAGUGCGACGAGGCUUUCAAACUGUGGCUGAAGCGAAAGCGGACGGAGAAGCGAGCGGAGCAGCAGGCGGCCCGAGAGCACUCCCGCAGGCUGGUGUUAGAGGAGCGGCGUGCGCGGCGCAUGAGGGACUUGAUGUGCACCGCCAGUGAAAGCAAACCGUUCAGAGUCACUGAACAGCUGGCCUACCGCUUCUGAGCCGAACCAACCCGGCCCGUCGACCAAAGCCACGUUACCUCUAAUCAGGGUCCCCACAAAGUCAAACUAAGGACUCGGGCUCGUUACAGAAAGCAGGUAUAAACUCCCAAGUUUGUUAAACACGAGAUGAGCGAAAUCCAGGUUAUUUGUUCCAGAAAAAGGGUUAACUGAAACUCUGACUCCCCCCGACACACUGUUCCAUUUCCUCAUUGAUAGGGUUAAUAUCAAAGUGUGUAGCAGAAUGCAUUAACAUGCACAUGAAACCCCAGGUUUAGUUUAGUGGUGCAUUUAACACGAGUGCUUUCAGAAUCAACCAGCCUUGGAUCAUGGAUGUGAUCAGCACACACUGUAGAUUUAUUAACAACUCAAAAUCUGUUGGCUACAUGUCUGUAACAUGCUGACUCUGUGGUCAGUAAGGCAGCUGUUUGCUAAAUAUCUCAAUGACACUUUUCUGUCCACCUCUUUUCUUUUUUACGAUAAAUAUGACUCAGUCCACUGGAUGGGCGGGUGGGUGGAUGCGUGGCUGGGUCCCCCGCUAUGGUGAACCAUGACAUCACAGCUCUGCUGUUUGUCUACUCGUGUGUUUGACUCUGAUCAGUUCUGAGCACAAGCUCAGAGUUUACUGACCCUGGUUUCUGUAGCAGGGCCCUGGUGGAGUUUCUUGUUCGUCAUUUUUGAGCUUGAGUACAUUUGUAAAAGUACCACAGUGACCUCUCCUCUGUAAAUAACUGAAUAACAGGAAAUACAGGUGUGGCAUGGUUUGAGUAAAUGCUUGCACAAGUUGUGAGUAUGGGCGGAGCUCCUGACAAAGCGCUGCGAUGUAAUCCUGAAUAAAAAUGACCUUU